CUCUAAAUCCGACUUUUCCGGCGAUAAUUCCUGCCGUAACGCCAUCUCUGGAAAUGACUCUGUUUCUCCUAGAACUGCAGGAGCUGCUAAAGAGCAAGCAGGACAGAUGACAAUUUUUUACUGUGGGGAGGUGAAUGUCUAUGAUGAUAUGCCUGGUUGUAAGGCGCAAGCAAUCUUGCAGUUUGCUGCAAGUCCACUCUCACUAUCUCAGGAGACUGCAGCUGAUCAAAGCACAGCACCAUGGUCUGUUCCAUGCCAGUUACAGGCUGCAGGUGUCAAAAUAAGCCCCUGUUCACCAAUGGUUAUAUUGCCAUCACUGCAAACAGUAAAGGUGGCAGAAAACUGUCAGUUUCCUUGGGAAGAGAGCAAUAUAUCUCAUGAAGACAGCCUUGAAGGUCCCAGUAGCAGAAAAGCAUUGGUACAAAGAUAUCUUGAGAGGAAGAAAGACAGGUUUAAGAACAAGAGAAAGUUGGCAACGUCUUCAUCUCCUACAUUAGACAUCUACAUAAAUCAAGUGGGAGAUCAGUUUGUGAAUAAGCAGUUGAAGCCAAGUGAACCAUAUUCUUCUUCCCAAACACGACCACCUUACACACCCUUUCGGUGCAACUCCAUUGUGAAUGUCCCAAAGAUUGCCAGUCUUGCUGCUCAUCCUGAUGCCAAAGAUGUAUAUAAAAUAUGAGCUUGGAUCAGCCAUGACAUGGUGGUUAAGGACGAAGCAUGGAGUCCAUAUCAAGUAUUCAGGUUAACCAUGUUGACACGGAUGGAAUAUGCUCAGUGUAGCCUUCAUUGCAAGAGUUUGUAGCAUAAUAUUAACCAGUUGUAUUAGUUGCGGCCGUUCUUACUUAGAUGAGGAACCUAUUUCAGUGUUGCUGAUCUUUUGUAUGAUUUCAUUUAGUGAUGUGCAGUAAAGCUAAAUGAUCAUGUAGGCACCUAAAAGGAGAAGAUUUUCUUCUGCUGUCCCAUGGUCAUUUUGAGCAUCAAAGGCUUUUUCUAGCUGUAGCAUCCUUGAUAUGAAACUGAAAACAAAAAUGCUAUUUGAACUUGUCGAUUACAUGAUCGAGCAAAGUUUGAUUACAUGAUCGAGCAAAGUUUAGGGUUCAUCUCCAGCCAAGGCAACAAUGAUCCAUCAACCUUAAGAUAGAGCUGCUAAUGGCCAAAGAGCUGGAAGGAAUGGUUAGCACGAUUGUCCAUGCUCGAUUCGAUUCAAAAACAGUGAUCCAAAUGGAAGAUGGGCUAUGACUGAAUUAAUUCAAAGUUGAAACGUGAGUAUUACUAGGUAGUAACUUGUAAAGUUUAAUUGAUUAGGUAUGGUAAAGUAUAAUACAAUUUAUUAUAAGAAAUCGACGUAGAAAAAUCGACUUGGACUGGUUGAGUUUAUCAUAUUUAAUAUACAUCUAAAUGAUAAAAUUAUAUUUGUUUAAAAA